ACUACCAUGUCACCGCCCAAGUCCUACGCCGACUUGCCUCUCAAGGAGGUGCGCGUCUCGAACCACCCGGCCAACGCGCCCGGCGUCACCCCGAUCCAGAUCGUGACGCUGUACCGCCCGAACGCGCACAACGCUUUCACGGGCGUCAUGCAGGAGGAGCUGGUGCUCCUCUGGAACACCUUUGACCGCGAUGACCGCGUCAAGGCGAUUGUGAUGACGGGGCACGGCAAGAUGUUCUGCGCGGGCGCCGACCUGCAGCUCGGCUUCAAGCGCGACCUGAGCGGCAAGGUCAACGACCACCGGGACGGAGGCGGACGUGUGUCGGUGGCCAUCCACCAGUGCCGCAAGCCGACGAUCGCGGCGAUGCAGGGCUCCGCCGUCGGCGUCGGCAUGACUAUGACGCUGCCCAUGGCCAUCCGCGUCGCCUACAAGGGCGGCAAGUACGGCUUCCCGUUCGCGCGCCGUGGUCUUGUCAUGGAGGCGGCGAGCUCGUUCUUCCUCCCCAAGCUCAUCGGCAACGGGCGCACCAUGCACCUCGUGUCGACCGGCGCCACGUACCCCGCCAACCACAAGCUGUUCGACGGGCUCUUCACUGAGGUCAUGGACACGCCUGAGGCCGUACUCCCGCGCGCACUCGAGCUCGCAACGGAGAUCGUCGACAACUGCUCCACUGUUGCAUGGGCGCUGAUGCGCGACCUGGUGUGGCGCCCCACGCCCAGCGCUGAGGAGCAGCACCUCCUCGACAGCCGGAUCCUGUACUCGAUGUUCUCGGGCGGCGACAACAACGAGGGCGUGAAGGCGUUCCUCGAGAAGCGCAAGACCAACUUUACGGAUACGUUGCCCAAGAACGCGCCGGAGGUCUACCCUUGGUGG